AUGGAAGCCAAGAUAUCAGAGGCGCUCGAGGCUCAGAGCGUGAAGGUGGUGGACAUGUACGGCGACGGGCGGCACGUGAGCAUUGACGUGGUGUCUGCGGCGUUCGAGGGCAAGAACAGCGUCUCGCGGCAGCGCCUCGUCUACAAGGCCAUCUGGCUGGAGCUGCAGGACGCAGUCCAUGCGGUGGACGCCAUGACUACCAAGACCCCAGAGGAGGCUGCCAAGUGA